UCUGGGUGAAGCUGAGUAUUGAUGUUCGUUUAGUCUAAUUAAUCGGUACAUUCAGAUGGAUCAGUUGGGUGAGUUUCAAAAACUCAGCUGAAUUUUCUUUAAAUAGCUAGCUGAGUCUUCAUCAUGCAUUCAGCUGCAGCUGAUUCAGUCAAAAAAGGUUAAUGACGAAAAUGACCCUGCUACCACAUAAACCUAAUCUCAUCUCUCUAAUCUCAUCUCUCGCGUUCUUCUCUUUUCUUUGGCGGCCAAUCUCUCUCUCUCUCUCUCUCUCUCUCUCUCUCUCUCUCUCUCUCUCUCUCUCUCUCUCUCUCUCUCUCGUCCAUCUCUCUCUGGUGACCCUCUCUCUCCGCCGUUCCUCUCUCUCCGGCGACCUCUCUUUCUCUCUGGAUCUCUCCGGCGACCUCUCUCUGUCUCUCAGUCUCAUCUCAGGCGCUCUCUCUCUCUCUCUCUGUCUCUCUCCAGCGAUCCUCUCUUUCUCUCAGGGUUCUCUCUCACUCACUCCUGCGACCUCAGCUCCGGCGACCUCUCUCUCUCGCUCAGUUUAUUUGGAAGAGAAACAAUGGCAUCCAUUCAUGGCACUGAUGUGAGUAUUUGGUCUUUUUGUGUACAGUUUCUUUGAAGAUAGUUGCAUAAACCUUUGAAGAGAACAAUGACAUCCAUCCCUGGAUCUGAUAAUCUUAUAUGGAGUGACGAGCAAACACGGUUCUUUCUUCAACUAAGACUUGAUGAGAAUCUGAAAGGAAACGUGAGAAAACAGAUGGUUAAUGAGGCUGGGAGACAGGCGAUAAUGGAUAAGUUCUAUGAGGCAUUUGGUAUAAAAAUUCCAUGGAGAAAAUUUGGGAUAAAGUACAACACUUGUAAGAAGCAGUACGACUCUUUUAAGAAGCUGACUCGGAACAGAACGGGACUGGGUUUUACUUCUACUGGAUUCAUCAACAUGAGUGAUGACUGGUGGAAUGAGCGAUGUAAGGAGUGGCCUGGUGCUAGAAAAUUUAAAGACAAGCCGAUAGCAAACAUGGAUUUGAUGGAGAAGGUAUUUGGAACAGUUUAUAUUAGUGGAGGUGAAGGUUGGUCUGCUCAGCAAGGUGAAGAGGCUUUAGACACAAAGCAUGGAGAUGAUGAAGAUGAAGAUGAUGCUGAGUCAAGGCGUGAUGUCCCUACUCAGGAAGCUGUUGGAGAUGAAUCAAGGCGUGGUGUCCCUACUCAAGAAACUGAUGUUGCAUCUGAAUCAAGAAAUGCUGGAUCAAAGAAUGUUGGCCCUUCUUCUUCCAGGUCAAAGGUUAACAGGAAAAGAUCAAGGGUUGUACAAGCAGGACAAGCUGUGGCUGAUGUGAUCAGGGAGAGUGUUGAGUCUCGAGACAAGAUUCUUUCCCACAAGAAUCAUCUAAUAGAGAACCAUCCUGAGUUUAGUUGUAGUCAACUUCGAGCUAUGGAGGUUCUACACUCCUUGCCUGCUAUAAGAAUGUGGUCUCCUCUUUACAAAGCCUCAAUUAACCAUCUCAAAGAAGAUGCUGCAAAUCGUCAAACUUUCUUGUUCUAUGGAGAUAAUGAGAACAGGGUUCUCUAUUUGGAGUAUGCAAAGCUAAGUGGAGGAUUCUUGACCGCAAGCAUCCUAAGUAUGAGCUGAAGAAAUGGGUGAAGAUUGUGACAGCAACAAUGGCUCUCCACAAUUUUAUCAGAGAUUCAAACCAUGAGGAUUGGGAUUUUGCACAUUGGGAAAGUGUGGAAGAAUAUGAACAUCAUGGGGAUGAAGAUGAUCAUGUUGCAUAUGUACCAGCUGGAGAUAGAGUCAUGGAAGCUAUGCGAGAUUCCAUUACUGAAGAGAUGGCGAGAGGAAGUCGACUUCCAUACUGAGCAGAAAUGCCAUGUGAAAAAGAAGGAUAUCAGAAAGUUUCUUGAUGAUCUAUGUGAGCGAGAAGGACAAGAUGCUGUUGAAGAAUGAAGAGAGUGAUGAUCAGAUGAUGAUAUCUGUAGCUUUCUGUUCACUUCUCAUAUGGGUUUGUAGUUUUGUUUCCUUUGGACCAAUUGAUAAUGCAAACUCAUUAUCCUUUUAUGUUUUAGUUUUUAUUUACCAUGAUCUAUUUAAAGUUUUUGAUACUA